UCGUCAUUCCCGCCAUUCGCUUCAUCCGAGCGAGCGAGCGAAGGAACGAAGGUGGCACGUUGCGCGAGUAUAUUUGCGAAUGUGUACGAGUGCGUACACACGCGCCCAAUAAAGGCAAAUCGAGGAAAGGCAUAGUAAUAUAGAAUUGUACAAUUACAGACAUUGUUACAUUUGGACGUCGCUUUGCGUGGAUAAUUAUAAAACUAAGUAAAAUUAUACAAUUCUGGAUCUCGUUGCAUUAAAAUCAGAAUAAAAUGGAGAAUGACCGAUUAAACAGCAAUGAUACUAAGAAGGAUGGGAGAGCCGAGGCUAACAAGCCUAAGAGAGUUUUAGGCUUGACUACCACGAUAGCUUUGGAUACACUGCAUCGUGAUGUUGGACGUGUUUUGCAAGAAUAUGAAGAGGAUUAUAGAAGAAAUAAGAAGUUCAAAGGUUGGCUAAAGGAUACUUUACACCAUCGUAGCCAAUACACGACUCUCUGUUGGACCUCUGCGAUUGCGCUGCUGAUUAAUGCCGUUAUUCUCAUAGUUGCAUUCUUUGCACUCAAUGAAACACGGUAUUCUACACUGCCAUACGAAGGACUGAUAGUCUGUUGUUUAGUAGUAUUGAAUUUUAUUUUAGUGAUGUUGGAUAACAAAUUACGACACGAGGAAAUCCCUCAUAGAGUGAAAAUUCUUCUUGACCAACUUAAUGUUGCACGUUCUACGUGCAGAUGGAAGUCUGAAAAUUAUCCACAUCUAUGCAGUCCACAGUCUCCUUGCCUGACUCUGCAAUGGACGUAUCGCGACGGCAAAAUAGUCAACUUGCCGUGGGCGUUAUUGGUGGCUGGUGACAUAAUUGUGAUGAAACCAGGCCAACAAGCACCCGGAUAUUGCGUGCCAUAUGAUGAUCCGGAAGCGCCGGUUUUGCACAUCAGAGAGACCUACAGCCCACCGGUACACAGUGCCAACGAAAUCUUCUCUACUCCGCAGGCUCGCGUACCUCUGAAGAACAAGAUUUACAAGCUUCAAGAGACGCCGUACCUAGCAAAUUUGCGUAUGGCGCUAGAUCAAGCGCUCGAUCGACCAGUUACCUAUCAUAAUCGCAAGCGUCAUUUACUGAUGAUCUGCUGUAUCGAGCAUCUGGCAUAUCCAAUACUUCUGAUUGUUAUCCUUGUAAUCAAUCUGCUCCGUUAUAUGUAUUUGGCGGAUUACUUCGGUACUGGCCAUUGGAGUGAGAUGUUCCUGCUGCAACCGAUUGCCGUGAGUCUUCCAUUGUUGCCAUUGGUAUUCCCUUCCUGUUGGAUAUUUCUCAAUUGCUUCGGCAUGGCUCGCUUUAAGGCAUUGUUCAAGCUCUAUCUAUCAGCGAAAAAACUUCAGUUUAUAGAUCCUUUCGAAGACGCGGACAUUAAUGGUCCCAGUCAUCCGGAUGUAGUGUACAAUUGGCUUGAACUCAAGAAAUAUUUUUUCGAUAUUUUUUUCGGCAAAGAGCACAUGAUGUCACGAUCUGCGAGUAUCUUGCAUGUUCUAGGUUCUGUGACUGCAUUGUGUUGCGUGGACAAGAAGGGACUUCUCUCGUGGCCUAAUCCCACAGCGGAGAAAGUAUUUUUCCUACGUAACGCGAAUAAUACUUUAUCACCAAGCUCGAGUACCGGUAGUGUGAACAAAACAGCGGAUAAAACCCAGGAAUCCGAAGAGACAAAGAACUCCAAUAGAACGUCUUAUGUACAACAUGAUAUGUCACAUUCUGUUGCUGAGGUGUUAGAUCUCACGCAUGAUCAUGCUCUGCCAUUUCGACUGCAAUUUGAUGAUCAUUCGUGGCGACAGCAUCUUAACUCGUUGAAGCCGCUCGGCCUAGCAAUCCUCCUCAACACAUGCAACAUGGAUACACAGGAACAUUACAUGCAGUUCUGUUGUCACGUAACCUGCGAGGCUCUGUACAAUGAGAAUCUGGUCCCAGUUACGAACAGACGAUGUCUGUGUGAACUGGCGAUGCAAAUCGGGUUCCAAGAUCAAGCGCAGAAAAUUUUUCAAUUGGAGCAACAACUAUGCACAUUUAGACAUGUGCAACCAGAAAUGGUCAGACGGGAUAUAAAAUUCGCACGUUCACUAAGCAUUGCAACAAAGUUGAAGUUUCCAUUUCCUCACAUGGUUGCCGUGGUCGUGAAGGAACGCAGCGGCGGUGGUCUGCAAUUAUUAACGCAAGGAACUGCCGACAUAAUUCUGGACUCGUGCAUUGAAUACUGGGACGGUCACGAUCUCUGUCCUCUUUCCGCAUCGGACAGGAAGAAAGUGCAGGACUUCUAUCAAAGAACGAGCUUGACCUCGUAUUGCACUGCGUUCGCUUAUCGACCACUAACACGCGCCAUCAGGGACAAGAUGUCCGAAAUAUAUAUGGAGCUUCCCGCGGAUAGUAAACAUUUGUACACACCUCAUAGAAGCCCGACCCCUCUGCCGUGGGACUUUAGAAAUGUUCUCGAUCCCAGAGUACGAGGAAUACUUGGACAGUUUCAUUCGACAGAUUCUUUGUUAUGCAAUGAAAAUAAGGAUGAAGCUGUGGGCGACGUUGAAGGCUGCUUCGACGUUCAAUGUAAUCAAGUGUUCAUCGGCAUGGUCACCAUGCAAUAUCAGGCACAAACGGACAUGGUACAACUGAUUGAACAAUUGGACAGAGCGUGCAUAAGGUUCGUCCAUUUCAGUAAAGAGAACGAGUUGCGCUCGCGCGUUUUCUCAGAGAAGAUGGGUCUAGAGAGUGGCUGGAAUUGUCACAUCUCAUUGCUUAGCGAGGGAGCCAGGUCCGAGAGUCCAGUGGGUUGGUGGGUGAGCCAGGCAGCAGCCAUGUCCUCACCCACUCCUUCACCCACGGCCCAAUCUCAUCAGCCUAAUUAUUCCUGCAUGGACGAGGCCAGCCACUUGCUUAAUCGUGUCUUACCUCGCACCAAUCUGAACAAUAGUCGAGCAAUGAGUAUGUCGGCACCGAGUGCCAUUAAUACAGACUUCACGACAGUGAAGUUCGACGACGAGACCACCGAAUGGAACAACACAGGAACAUCGCAGGCAAAGAGUGCUAUGAGCCACAGGGAACAGGAUACGAUGAGAAGCGAGGACAGUGUCCUGGUACAGAGCGUCGAUCUGGGCUCGGGUCAGGAAGCCUGGAGAUCCUUGAGCUGCCUCACCGAUAGCACUGAACAAAGCGCGCCGGUCAAUUUUGAUCUGUCCAACAGAGCGAAACUGCCGAGAGGCAUAGAGAAGAUACGUCCACACAUAGAGCUAAUCGACAACGUGCCACUGCUUGUGUCCCUAUUUACCGACUGCAACACCACGGUAACCCGCGAGAUGCUGCACAUUAUGCAGGAUUACGGCGAGGUAGUAUGCGUGCUUGGCUCAUCUGCUAACGCCGAGAACAUGCCGAUCUUCAUGCAGGCUGACGCCGGAGUGGCGGUGGAGCCAUUGUAUCCUCAGGUGUGUCAGAAAGUGCCCGUGCUGACACCCAUCACAGAGGACCAAGGAAUCUCUCCCGUCGACCUCAGUAGAGCGCUCAACUCCGUUGCGUGCUCGCUGAGCGUGAAGCGCGAGGAUCCCGUAGCGAUUUUCCAUCUUAUUAUGGAGGCUCGUCAUUACAUGAAGAAUCUAUGGAACUGCAUACAAUUCUGGUUGUGCUGUUCGGUCACGCUUGCCUUUACCCAAACGUUAUCAGCGUUCUUGUUACUGCCACCAUUAUUCUCCAUCGAGCAGAUACUCUGGCUGUGCUGCUUGAUCAUCCCUGUGCUGUCGACAUCCAUGAUCGCCACGCCAAUAGAUCCGACGAUAAUGCAACGUGCGACCGGGAAGAAUCAAUGCAUAGUCAACGGGGAGAUCAUGCUAUUCGUGCUGUGGUGCUAUGGCAGCAAGUUUCUACCGACAAUGAUCACGGUGAUCUUGUCGCAGUGCAUCUCUUUUCUGUCUCUCUGCCCCAUCUAUAUGCCGCAGAAUUCUAAGUGCCUGUACAUAUAUCCGGAUCCGCACGACCAGAUUUGGAGCGGCUGGGGCAGCAAACCCAUCGUUAUCCUUGUAGUACAGCAUUUUGCCCUGACCCUCAUAGUCCUGCACUUUGUUACGAUAUCUGUCAGCUUUGUACAUAGGGAAUACUCUAUAUGGAGGAAAAAUCCUAUGAAUAAUUAUAUUUGGUUUCUCAGUGUGCUUAUUGUAUUAUGUGUGCAAGCGGCGUUUUCCGGCGUAGUGUUUCACAGAUUUUGGCGAGAAGAAGGCAAAAAGAUUGAGAACUUUCCAAUAUACAUGCCAUUAUUCUUUUUACUCUCUAUUCCACUGACAUUCGCGAUUAACGAGUUGAUCAAGUGGCAAGAAAUCAAAGUCAACGUUAGAUACCAGAAAAGAGCACGUCUAGAAUUCGGCACGAAGCUGGGAAUGAAUUCGCCAUUUUAGUUCAGUUUGCGGCAUCGUUUAUCUUCAAAGUAUCACAAAUGUGUUUGAAAAAGGAAUACGGGUAUAAUAUUAAAUCUAUUAUAACUUGAUUAUUACAAGAUAAUUUGAACAGACUAUUUAAAAAUCAAACGUAGGUAAAGAUAUGCAAUUCCUAUUUUCUUCUAUAAAUAUUAUAAAUAUAUAUUAUAAUUUAUAGAAUUUCAACAUCACAUAUUUAAAGUAUUUGUAAAGGAAUUAUAAGCAUUUUCAUCUGCGGUUGUCUUUUACUAAUCUGUUCGAGUCAUCUUGAGUAGAUAUUUGCUGCAGGACUAUUAAUAUGUAGGAAUAAUUACAAAAUAUUAUAUAGAUAUUAUACUUCAGUUGUUGCAAUCUCUAAGGAUUUAGAAGGGUUUCGAUGGAGAGAUUCAUGUACUUAUCAAAUGUCAAAUAUUGCCAAAUAAUAGAUAGGAACAGAGCACUAGUAUUUUUCUAAAACGUGCAUAUUUAUAAUUUACGAUGUGACGACGAACAUAGGCGGAGUCAUCAAUUAUGAGUUUAAACGAGCGUCAUACAGAAUUUCUUUCAUGUGACAUACAUCCAUCGCGGAAUUUCUAUUACAUUUUGCAAGAUUGCUAAAGUGAUUCUUAUGAUGCCGAGUUUCUUUAUACAAGCCGCCAUAAUUAUUGGAGUGCAUGACUUGUGAUUCUAUCAUAAUUUAAGAUAUAUAAGUAUCAUCAAUCCCUAAAUUUCGUUUAAAAAAACGAUUUUAUAAUUUAUAUAGCGAAAAAUCUCAAAAUAAUUACUGAAAGACUUAUUUCAGAGAUUUUUCCAAAAUCCGUAGUAACGCAAGAGUACCUGAUAAGUGGAAAUGGAAUCUUGUAUUUGAUGAUCUUAAUGCUACGUAGACUAACUUGUACAUAAAUGUUCCUAUUGUGAUAGUAAUUUAUUUGUGUUUAGCGCGAUUAUAGAGAUUAGGAAAUUUUAGCAAAUUAAAUGUACUUGGCGAGAGAUUGUAACUACAAGUCCUAUCAAGAAAUUUUCGAAUUUUAAAUGAAAGUCUCGCUGGUACGAGGUUCUUUGAUUGUGAAAUAAUCAGAUAUUUUGAUCAUACAAAUUUUUGUCGACUUUCUACCGCAAGUGAUAAAAUGCGAUGUAAUUGUCGAGAUUCUGUUUUUUAAACAGAAAUACAUUCAAGCCUCUGUAUUUUUAGCAAA